AUGCAGUGCGCUUCCCAAGGUCGGCGCACAAGAGCACGCCAAGCAAGCUUGUGGACCAGCUAUAACAAUGCACCGCUGGAGCAGCAGCUGCUGCCAAAAAUCAACGCUGCGCCCCAAAUGGGAACACCAAAAAGAACUGCUGGUGAAGACUUGAUGCAAACCAGAAAUGCACUGAGGAAGAACCAACUGACUGCAGCUACUGAUCUGAACCAGCCUGCAAAAAAGGCAUGUGUCGCAGCAUCUGCUGACCUUAGCAGGCACUGA